UAACAUAAAAGGAUUUUAUACGAUUUUUCAACUUACUGAUAUGCUCAUAUCAUCACUCGUGAGAAGUAUUAUUCUUACGAUAAAAUUUAUAUUACAUGUAAAUAUUAAUUAGAGAAGAAAAAAAUUUAUAAUUAUAGGUGAUAUGAAAUUCAUUUAACCAACACAGAUUAGCAUACUUUGUGGAAUUAGCUGUUUAUCGUGUGGUUUUAGUAGACAGAAAUUUUUUAUUUGAUCUUAUCAAUGAUCGUUACAAGAAGGAGAAAACGUAAUAAGUGAGACACGGACUCAGUGAGUAUCGAAAAAAGACUAUUUUCAGACAACUUCAACCACCAAAAAUGUUAUUACGAUUGUACUCUUUGAUUGUACUUACUCUAGAUCUCAUCACACUACUAGUCAGAAUUUGGCUUGCAAUUAUCUUGGCACUUUACCGAACUUUCAAACCACCAGCUUUAAAAAGUGUUCAUGGAGAAGUAGCAAUAGUUAUUGGUGCUGGACGUGGCGUUGGUAGAGAAAUAGCUAUUCAACUUGCCCAACUUGGAGUGCACGUAGCUUGUGUAGAUAAAAAUGUGGAAAAUUGUCAAGCGACGGUAAAUAAAGCAAUUGGUGUUGCAAAGUGUUAUACAUGCGAUGUAACUAAUGAACGUCAAGUGAUAGAUACUGUGAUGAGUGUUAAUAUAGAAUUAGGAGAAGUGACAAUGCUUUUGCAUUGCUGUGGAGUUCCAAGUCCUAGAGCUUUAGCUGAAAAUCCUAUAAAAAUUCGAAGCACAAUUGAUAUUGCUAUUCUUAGUCAUUUUUGGCUUUUAGAUUCAGUUCUUCCAGGAAUGCAGAAACUUAAAAAAGGACAUAUUGUUGUUUUAUCAUCAGUGGCUGGUUUAUCCGGGGGAACAAGUCGAGAAACACGUUUAACUUUAUCGACUGCUCAAUUUGCAGUGCAAGGAUUUGCCGAAGCAUUACAUACUGAAUUGAGACAAUCUAAUAGUAAUAUAAUGAUAAGUUUAGUUCACGUAUAUCCAUUUAUUAUAGGAGCUGAAGUUGCUAAGGAUAUUAGAUUUAGAAUACCAAGCUAUUUUGGAACUAUGCCUGCAAACGAAGCUGCAAAAAGAAUUCUAGAUGGAGUUCGCAGAAAUUAUACUGAAUUUAGUGUACCUGGACAUCUUUUGUAUUUAGGACAUAUUUUAAGAAUUUUGCCAAAGAAAGCAUCUUUCAUGUUACGAGAUUUGCUCGAUACUGGUGUUGACUUUGCAUGACCUAAGAGUCCCAACUUGUUUCUCAAGUUAGACAAUAAAUCCAAAUUUGAUUUCACUACGUAUGCAUAUAUUAUUUUUUAAAAUGACGGUGUUGUAAAUUAAUAUUUAUUCUUUC